CUGCGUGCGUCCGGUGCGGCCGGCUGCAGGUUGCGGGUUGCAGGCGAGCUGGCAGACGUCCGGGUUCUCUACACGCGGUGCGCUACGGUCCCGGGAACGCCGGGGAGGCCGAGGCCGAGCGCCGCUCGCCCGGACGAUGCCGGAGAUCAGAGUCACUCCUUUGGGGGCUGGCCAGGACGUGGGCCGAAGCUGCAUUUUGGUCUCCAUCGCUGGCAAGAAUGUCAUGCUGGACUGCGGGAUGCACAUGGGCUUCAAUGAUGAUAGGCGUUUUCCUGACUUCUCCUACAUCACCCAGAAUGGCCGGCUGACUGACUUCCUGGACUGUGUAAUCAUCAGCCACUUCCACCUGGACCACUGUGGGGCGCUUCCGUACUUCAGUGAGAUGGUGGGCUACGAUGGGCCCAUCUAUAUGACCCACCCCACCCAGGCCAUCUGCCCCAUCCUGCUGGAGGACUACCGCAAGAUUGCUGUGGACAAGAAGGGAGAGGCCAACUUCUUCACCUCACAGAUGAUCAAAGACUGCAUGAAAAAGGUGGUGGCUGUCCACCUGCACCAGACAGUCCAGGUGGAUGAUGAACUGGAAAUCAAGGCUUACUAUGCAGGUCAUGUGCUGGGGGCAGCCAUGUUCCAGAUCAAAGUGGGCUCAGAGUCUGUAGUCUACACGGGUGAUUAUAACAUGACCCCAGACCGGCAUUUGGGGGCCGCGUGGAUUGACAGGUGCCGCCCAAACUUGCUCAUCACCGAGUCCACGUACGCCACAACCAUCCGGGACUCCAAGCGCUGCCGAGAGCGAGAUUUCCUAAAGAAGGUCCAUGAGACUGUGGAACGUGGUGGAAAGGUGCUGAUUCCUGUGUUUGCACUCGGCCGGGCACAGGAGCUCUGCAUCCUGCUGGAGACCUUCUGGGAACGCAUGAACCUGAAGGUGCCUAUCUACUUCUCCACGGGCCUGACUGAGAAAGCCAACCACUACUACAAGCUGUUCAUUACCUGGACCAACCAGAAAAUCAGGAAGACUUUUGUCCAGAGGAACAUGUUCGAGUUUAAACACAUUAAGGCCUUUGACCGGGCAUUUGCUGACAACCCAGGCCCCAUGGUUGUGUUUGCCACUCCAGGAAUGCUGCAUGCUGGCCAGUCCCUACAGAUCUUCCGGAAGUGGGCAGGAAAUGAGAAAAAUAUGGUCAUCAUGCCUGGCUACUGUGUGCAGGGCACCGUUGGUCACAAGAUCCUUAGUGGGCAGCGCAAGCUGGAGAUGGAGGGACGGCAGGUGCUGGAGGUGAAGAUGCAAGUGGAGUACAUGUCGUUCAGCGCCCAUGCUGAUGCCAAGGGCAUCAUGCAGCUGGUGGGACAGGCAGAGCCCGAGAAUGUGCUGCUGGUGCACGGUGAGGCCAAGAAGAUGGAGUUCUUGAGACAGAAGAUUGAACAGGAAUUCCGAGUCAACUGCUACAUGCCAGCCAAUGGCGAGACAGUGACGCUGCCCACUAGCCCUAACAUCCCUGUGGGCAUCUCCCUGGGGCUGCUGAAGCGGGAGAUGGCUCAGGGGCUGCUCGCGGAGGCCAAAAAGCCACGGCUCCUGCAUGGCACUCUGAUCAUGAAAGACAGUAAUUUCCGGCUGGUGUCCUCAGAACAAGCCCUCAAGGAGCUGGGUCUGGCCGAGCACCAGCUUCGCUUCACCUGCCGUGUGCACCUGCAGGACACCCGCAAAGAGCAGGAAACAGCCCUUCGUGUCUACAGCCACCUGAAGAGCACCCUGAAAGAUCACUACGUGCAGCACCUCCCCGACGGCUCGGUGACAGUAGAGUCCAUCCUCAUCCAGGCUGCCGCCCACUCCGAGGACCCAGGCACCAAGGUGCUGCUCGUCUCUUGGACCUACCAGGAUGAGGAGCUGGGGAGCUUCCUCACCGCGCUUCUCAAGAAGGGCCUCCCCCAAGCCCCCAGCUGAUGUGUAGCGACCCAGGCCUGCCACCUUUGCCCUUCAGGAGUACCUGGGCUUUCACUCUAGGACUGUGGGUACCCUGGGUAGAUGGGCCCAUGGAUGGGCCACAGAUGCAAUCCCAGGCACAAGAGAGAGCCACGGGCCAGCCUGAAUGAACAUUCUGGCCGAAAUAAUAAAUAGGCCUCUUGGCCUUGUCUUUAUUCUCA